GUAUCUUCAACCAGUAAACAUAAGAUUCAUGGGAAGCUUCCUGUUUUCGGUUCCAUUUUGUCCCCGUGUUCCUGCAACACGCUUCCCAAUGGCUUCAACUUCAAAUUCCUCACGUUCUUGAGUCCCUUUUUUUUUAAUUCUGGAAUCACCAGCACAUGAGUUUUGCUCAAUAAACAAAACAUAACAGGAGAAGAACUAACAGCAACAUAAAUGUCAGAGCAGGAAGCACAUUCCUCUGCCUUACUCUUAUUCUUUUUCUUCAUCCUUCUUUCAGGUAAAGUUGUUGUUGGGGGGUCUUUGGACACGGACAAAGAGGUUUUGCUGAAGCUGAAAUUGUACCUAGACAACAAAACUCUUGCAGACAGAGGAGGGUACAUAUAUUGGAACACCAAUAGCUCCAAUCCUUGUGAAUGGAAAGGAAUCUCAUGCAGUGGUACGAGGAGGGUGGUUGGCGUAGACCUUUCUCAUAGUGACAUUACUGGUGAGAUAUUCAAGAACUUCUCGCAGCUCACUGAGCUCACACACCUUGAUCUUUCUCAGAACACGCUCUUUGGUGAGAUUCCGGAGGACUUGAGGCACUGCCGCAAGCUCUUGCAUCUCAACCUAUCUCAUAAUAUUCUUGAUGGGGAGCUUAACUUGACUGGAUUGAAAAGCUUGCACACGCUGGACUUGUCAAGUAACAGAUUUUAUGGGGAGAUUGGGGUGAAUUUCCCUGCCAUUUGUGACAGUUUAGUUACUCUGAAUGUCUCGGGUAAUAACUUGACUGGUAGGAUUGAGAACUGCUUUGAUCAAUGCGUCAAGUUGCAGUACUUGGAUUUGAGCACCAACAAUCUGAGUGGAAACAUGUGGAUGAAUUUUGCGAGGCUCAAAGAUUUUUCUGUUGCGGAGAAUCAUCUAAAUGGGAUCAUUCCUUCGGAAGCAAUUCCCGGUAAUUGUAGCCUUGAAGGACUUGAUCUUUCACAAAAUGGAUUUGUUGGUGAGGCACCUAAGGGGGUUGCUAACUGCAAGAAUUUAACCACUCUGAAUCUUUCGAGUAACAAGUUUACUGGGGGUAUUCCCGUUGAAAUAGGAUCCAUUUCGGGCCUCAAAGCAUUGUACCUAGGAAACAACAGCUUUUCAAGAGAAAUUCCUGAUGCCCUUUUGAAUUUGACCAAUUUGGUUUUCUUGGAUUUGAGCAGAAACAGUUUUGGUGGGGACAUACAAGAGAUAUUUGGGAAAUUUAAGCAAGUGAGUUUUCUUUUGUUGCACUCAAAUAAUUACACUGGAGGAUUGAUAUCCUCUGGAAUUCUCAAAUUGCCAAACAUUUGGAGGUUAGACCUAAGCUACAACAACUUUUCAGGUCCAUUACCUGUUGAUAUCUCUCAAAUGUCAAGUCUGAAGUUUCUAAUGUUAUCCUACAACCAAUUCAAUGGAUCCAUUCCACCCCAAUUUGGAAACAUGACUCAACUGCAAGCACUUGACAUUGCCUUCAACAAUUUGACUGGGCCUAUACCAUCAAGCCUUGGAAACUUGAGUUCCCUCUUGUGGUUGAUGCUUGCAAACAAUUCUUUAAGUGGAGAAAUCCCUCCAGAGUUGGGAAACUGUUCAAGCUUGUUAUGGUUAAACCUUGCCAACAACAAGCUCUCUGGAAAUUUGCCUUCUGAACUGUCCAAAAUUGGAAGGAAUGCCAUGACCACAUUUGAAUCAAAUAGGAGAAACUAUCGAAUGGUUGCUGGCUCCGGUGAAUGUUUAGGAAUGAAGAGAUGGAUACCAGCAGAUUACCCACCAUUCAGCUUUGUGUAUAGCCUCUUAACAAGGAAAACUUGUAGAGACCUUUGGGAUAAACUACUCAAAGGAUAUGGUAUUUUCCCGUACUGCACACCUGGCUCUUCCUUGCGCAUACAACAAAUAUCCGGGUAUGUUCAGCUAACCUCGAACCAGCUCAGCGGUGAAAUCCCUUCAGAGAUUGGGACAAUGGUGAACUUCAGCAUGUUGCACUUGGGGUUCAACAAUUUCUCUGGGAAGCUCCCUCCAGAGAUGGCAGGUGUCCCCAUUGUGGUGCUGAACAUCACAAGCAACAAGUUUUCAGGCGAAAUCCCCGAAGAAGUUGGCAACAUGAAAUGCUUGAUGAAUCUUGACUUGUCAUACAACAACUUCUCUGGAACCUUUCCCACAAAUUUGAACAAAUUGACAGAGCUUAACAAGUUCAACAUCUCGUACAACCCCUUAAUAUCCGGUGUGGUACCAUCAACAGGACAGUUUGCCACCUUUGAGAAAGAAUCAUAUUUAGGCAACCCCCUCUUGAUCCUGCCCGAGUUUAUCGAUAACACUACCAAUAACAAAAACACCCCCUCUCAGAAAGACCAUAAAACCUCCACAAAAGUGUCCAUGUUUUUGGUCUUUCUGGUCAUAACACUGGUUUUCACGAUAUUUGGUGUUCUUACAAUCAUAGUCUGUGUAUCCGUGAAAGGUCCAUCAUCAGAGGAGCCAAGAUACCUCUUGAGGGAUAUGAAUAUAAAACAGUGGCAUGACUCGAGCAGCUCUGGAUCCUCACCGUGGAUGUCUGACACAGUUAAGGUUAUCCGUUUGAACAAGACAGCUUUCACACACGAUGACAUUCUGAAAGCAACAAGCAGCUUCUCAGAGGAGAGAAUAAUAGGAAAAGGAGGAUUUGGAACAGUGUACAAGGGAGUGUUUUCAGAUGGGAGACACGUGGCAGUGAAGAAGCUCCAAAGGGAAGGCUUAGAGGGUGAGAAGGAGUUCAAGGCUGAAAUGGAGGUUCUGAGUGGUCAUGGAUUUGGAUGGCCUCAUCCAAACCUUGUGACACUCUACGGUUGGUGCCUAAACGGUUCAGAGAAGAUACUGAUAUAUGAGUACAUAGAGGGUGGAAGCUUGGAGGAUGUAGUGACAGAUAGGACACGUUUGACAUGGAGGAGGAGGCUAGAAGUGGCAACUGAUGUGGCACGUGCGUUGGUGUAUUUGCACCAUGAGUGUUACCCUGCGGUUGUGCACAGAGAUGUCAAGGCUAGUAAUGUGUUGCUAGACAAGGAUGGGAAGGCCAAGGUUACUGAUUUUGGGCUUGCAAGAGUGGUUGACGCUGGGGAUAGCCACGUGAGUACUAUGGUGGCUGGUACUGUGGGCUAUGUUGCACCUGAAUAUGGACACACGUGGCAGGCUACUACCAAGGGUGACGUGUACAGUUUUGGGGUGUUGGUCAUGGAGCUGGCAACAGGGAGAAGAGCAGUGGAUGGAGGGGAAGAGUGUUUGGUGGAAUGGGCCAGGCGUGUUAUGGGCUAUGGACGACAUCACGGGUUGGGCCGUUCUGUACCGGUUUUGCUAAUGGGCUCUGGGCUUGUUGGUGGGGCUGAGGAGAUGGGGGAGUUGCUGAGGGUUGGGGUGAGGUGCACAGCUGAUUCACCUCAGGCUAGGCCCAACAUGAAGGAGGUUCUUGCUAUGCUGAUUAAGAUAUAUAACCCCAAGGGGGACUCGAGUUAUGGUUAUGGACAUAUUGUUUAGUCAUUUUUGUUCUAGUUAGGGGAUUCAUCGAUUUGGGAGAUAAAAUGUGCAUACUUUAAGGUGUCAUGCACAGUUGAUUCUUCUAUUGUACACACCAGACAGAAACUUUAUUCAUUAAGCAAGUCCUUCAAUUUUGUUGUGUAACGUAUUUCUGUACUGAUGUUACGUUUGUUUCUCUCUUUUGAUGAUUAUAAUAUUCAGCAAUCAGCA